AUGCGAAGUUCAUCCAAAAAUCUGCCAGUGUUUUCUGUGGAGAAGUUACAUCCAAGAAAUCUUAUCCCAGAGCUUUGUAGAUUGUUUUAUGGUUUAGGCUGGGUAACAGGAACUGGUGGAGGAAUCAGCUUGAAACAUGGGAAUGAAAUCUACAUCGCUCCUUCAGGAGUCCAAAAGGAAAGGAUACAGCCAGAAGAUAUGUUUGUUUGUGACAUGAACGAACAGGACAUCAGUGGUCCUCCUCCACACAAGAAACUAAAGAAAAGCCAGUGCACACCACUUUUCAUGAACGCCUACACCAUGAGAGGGGCAGGUGCAGUGAUCCACACUCAUUCCAAGGCUGCUGUCAUGGCUACCCUUCUGUACCCAGGGAGUGAGUUCAGCAUUACCCAUCAGGAGAUGAUAAAAGGCAUCCAGAAGUGCACUUCAGGAGGCUACUACCGCUAUAACGAUACACUAGUGGUGCCCAUUAUUGAGAACACGCCAGAAGAGAAGGAUCUCAAGGAACGAAUGGCGCGUGCGAUGGAAGAAUACCCAGACUCCUGUGCCGUACUGGUCAGACGUCACGGAGUUUACGUGUGGGGAGAAACAUGGGAAAAAGCCAAAACAAUGUGUGAGUGUUAUGAUUACUUGUUUGAUAUCGCUGUGCAGAUGAAGCAGCAUGGGCUAGAUCCUUCAAAACAUCCAGCAGGAGAAAACGGGAUCUUGUAGAUGACAACAACACUUACAUUCA